AUGGCGUUUUUCUCCUGACAGCGCGUUAUAUUCCUGGCCUUGGCAGUGGCUCUGUUGGGAGUGGUGGGAGCCACAUCCCUCUCCAGGACCUACUUGCCACCGCAGGUGGUGCAGCCACAGCGCACUUACUUGCCGCCUCAGGUGGUGCAGCCACAGCGCACCUACUUGCCACCAGCCCCAAGAGUGGUGUCCGUUCCGAGGGUUCAUGUUCAGCCUCAAAUUGUCCAUCGCCCGGUUGUCCAGCACGUGGUGGUGCCACAGCGCACCUAUCUGCCGCCAGCUCCGCGGGCGGUGCCACAAGUAGUGUCCAUUUCUCACCCCGCCGCUGUACGGGUGGUGUCUCGGCCAGCUCCACAGGUGAUCCAGGUGGCUGCUCCCCGCAACACCUACCUGCCGCCCCCAGUGGCUGCACCACAAAACACCUACCUGCCGCCCCAAGUGGUGGCACCCAGGAACACCUACCUUCCACCCCAGUGA